AUGGAUCCAACGAAACAACACUAUCCGCUGGCGGUGGCUGUACCGUUUCUGGCCAUCCUAUCCAUCCUUAUUAGCAUCACUCCGUUGGUCUUGCACGUUAAAAACCGCAACUUCCCUUCAGCCUACCUCGUGUGCUGGUUUAUGAUGCUCAACAUCUUCAAUGCCACCAAUGCUUUCAUCUGGCCAACCGACGAUGUUGACUCGUGGUGGGACGGCGUGGGCCUGUGCGAUAUUGAAGUCAAGCUCAUGAUUGCUAGCUACAUCGCUGUGCCUGGGGCUUUGGUGUGUAUCUUCCGCAGCUUGGCAUACGUGCUAGACACCAGGCGAGCAAUGCUGGUUCCAAGCAAGUCGCAGCGCUGGCGCGGUCGUCUCAUGGAUUUUCUCUUCUGUGUGUUCGUCCCGAGUAUCGCAAUGAUCACGCAUAUCGUCUAUCAAAAGAGUCGAUACUAUAUCUUCGCCAUCUCCGGCUGUGUGAACAACUUUGACGAAAGCUGGGUGAGCUUAGUACUAUCGUUCAUCUGGCCUCCCGUUAUUUGUUUGAUAGCUGCCUAUUACUGCGGUCUCGUACUACUCCGUCUUCACAAAUAUCGGAGCCAGUUUGGAGACAUACUCAGUGCCUCCAGCAGCAACUUGAGCAAGUCCAGGUUCAUCCGCCUCUUCCUCGUCUCCUUCGUCAUGCUUCUGUGCAUCCUUCCGGUUCAGGCCUUCGUUCUCUACCAAAACGUUAUGCUUUCGCUUCCCUGGCAUCCUUAUUCAUGGAGCAGCUUUCACGGGCCAGGGUGGGGAACCAUAAUCAAGGUGCCUACAAAAGGCGAUGUCUUCUUUGACCGCUGGGUACCGAUAGGCUCGAGCUUCUUGGGCUUCAUCUUCUUCGGAUUCGGCAGAGAUGCUAUCAAGAUGUACCGUUCAAUCUUGUACCAUCUGGGCUUUGGCCAUUGCUUCCCCAACAUUUCCCCUCAGCACACGUCUCCCCCUUCGGCUAGCCCUGCAGGAUCUGUUGGAAGCCGGGCCAAGCUUAUUCAUAGAAGGUUUUCAUCCGUGGCUAGAGCCUACCUGGGCAGCAACGACCCAACAAGCUCCAACAGAUCAGGCUACGACGACCUCGAAAAAGGCGUGCCCUUUUCACAGAGACACAACAAGCGUCCAGCAAAGACUUCAUUCUGGUCAUUCCUGCGAAACCCACUUUCUCCUUCCCGUCAAGAAAUGAUAUCCAUGCCUCAACUCUCUGCUAAUACGAAUAUCAUUUCCGCCAACGCUUGGGCCGGUACGAGCCAGAGCCGCUGCAGUAGUGAUUUCACUAUUACUUCUGCACCGUCUCCGACAAGCAAGGAGUUCAUUCGGGUCAAGCAGGUGAUUAGCCAGCAGAGUGAAAUGCAAGUAUGAUUGCGGAAUAUUUUUUGCAGGAUUUGGAAUAUUAGUAUAAUAUU